AUGGUUGUUCAAGACGAAUAUUCUUCCACGGAAGUCUCCCUUCUUGGACGAGACUCCCGUGGCUCCUUGCAAGAAGCUACUAACCAUACAGAAUCCCUCUUGGGAUGUAGAGAGCCUUAUGGACCCCCAGGUCUUGCUGGCCUUGUGGCAAAUCCUUUUGUAUUCCUCUGCGCAGCAUGCUCUACCCUAGGUGGGCUCAUGUUCGGGUACGAUCAGGGCGUGGUGUCUAUCAUACUGGUAAUGGACCAGUUCCUCGAACACUUCCCCCAAGUAUCUGACCAAGCAUCAGGUGCUGGAUUCUGGAAGGGGCUGAUGACCGCGAUGAUUGAACUGGGUGCUCUUCUAGGUGCUUUCAACCAAGGUUGGAUUGCAGACAAGAUCUCCCGGCGCUACUCAAUCAUUGUCGCGGUAGUCAUCUUCACAGUCGGCUCGAUCCUUCAGACUACUGCAGUGGACUACACCAUGUUGACUAUUGCCCGCCUGAUCGGGGGUGUGGGAAUUGGUAUGCUCUCCAUGGUCGCUCCCUUGUAUAUAUCCGAAAUUUCACCACCCGAAUGCCGUGGCACACUGCUGGUCAUGGAAGAGUUCUGUAUUGUAUUGGGCGUCGUGAUUUCGUUCUGGAUUACGUACUACACACGAUACAUGGCCGGAGAUUGGGCAUGGAGACUCCCUUUUUUAUUGCAGAUGAUCCCUGGCUUUGUUAUCGCUGCAGGUGUUGUCGUUCUCCCCUUCUCCCCACGGUGGCUUGUCUCUAAGGGUCGAAACGAGGAAGCUCUUCAAAGUCUUUCGAAACUUCGAAGACUACCCAUCUCAGAUAAGCGCAUUCGGCAGGAAUUCCUAGAUAUCCGAGUCGAAGCUCAAUUUCACAAGGAAGUGGAUGCUGAAAGGCACCCAGCUCUGCAAGGCGAUGAUAUGAGAAGUACAUUUCGUCGAGAACUGGCCUCCUGGUUGGAUUGCUUCAGACGAGGCUGCUGGAAACGGACGCAUGUGGGAAUAGGCCUUAUGUUCUUUCAACAGUUCGUUGGCAUCAAUGCACUCAUCUAUUACUCCCCCACCCUUUUUGAGACCAUGGGAUUGGAUAGGGACAUGCAAUUGAUCAUGUCUGGAAUUCUCAACAUGAUGCAGCUGGUGGGCGUGGCCAGCAGCGUGUGGACGAUGGACUCUGCAGGAAGGCGUGUCCUGCUAUUGACAGGGUCUGUUUUCAUGACGCUUGCUCAAGUUGUCAUUGCAACCUUGGUUCGUCUCUAUGGCGAGGAUUGGCCAGGUCAUAGACAACAAGGGUGGACUAGUGUUGCCUUUCUCCUGUUCUACAUGCUUGUUUUUGGAUGCAGUUGGGGCCCAGUGCCCUGGGCGAUGCCCUCAGAAAUCUUCCCUUCCUCUCUCCGCUCCAAAGGUGUGGCCCUCUCAACUUGUUCGAACUGGCUGAACAACUUCAUCAUCGGCCUAAUCACUCCGCCUCUGGUCCACAUUACGGGAUACGGAGCCUACGUGUUUUUUGCCAUUUUCUGUGCCCUCUCAUUUGCGUGGACAUUCCUCCUUGUUCCCGAGACGAAGGGACGCAGCCUGGAGCAAAUGGACGAUGUUUUCGGUGAUGGCACGAGCGGAGAAGAGCAAUCCCGCCGACAAGAGAUUGAGACGGCUCUGCUAAGAACUGAACGUGAAGGUAUGUUGACGUUAGUCAAACCAUACCCUCACUUGCCGUUAUCGAGAUCCGGCAACGCAUCACCCGAGGAGCUCCCGUUGUUGGGAAAUAUCAAUCAAUAA